AUGGACCCGGCGCCUUCGCUGGGCUGCAGCCUCAAGGAUGUGAAGUGGAGCUCGGUGGCCGUUCCGCUCGACCUGCUGGUCAGCACUUACCGACUGCCUCAGAUCGCGCGGCUGGACAGCGGAGAAUGCAUAGAAGGGCUGCGGGAAAAUGACUACCUUCUGAUUCACUCGUGCCGUCAGUGGACCACCAUCACUGCCCAUAGCUUGGAGGAGGGGCACUAUGUCAUUGGGCCAAAGAUAGAGAUUCCGGUACAUUAUGCAGGCCAAUUCAAGUUGCUGGAACAAGACCGAGAUAUAAAGGAGCCAGUGCAAUAUUUCAACAGCGUGGAGGAGGUGGCCAAAGCAUUUCCUGAACGCGUGUACGUCAUGGAGGAAAUAACAUUCAACGUGAAGGUUGCUUCGGGUGAAUGCAAUGAAGACACCGAAGUUUACAACAUCACCCUGUGUACAGGGGAUGAACUCACUCUAAUGGGCCAGGCAGAAAUCCUUUAUGCAAAGACUUUCAAGGAGAAGUCACGACUCAACACCAUCUUCAAAAAGAUUGGGAAACUCAAUUCCAUCAGCAAGCUGGGAAAAGGCAAAAUGCCCUGCCUCAUUUGCAUGAAUCACCGGACCAACGAGAGCAUCAGCCUCCCGUUCCAGUGCAAGGGCAGGUUUAGCACCCGAAGCCCCCUGGAGCUUCAAAUGCAGGAGGGCGAGCAUACCAUCCGCAACAUCGUGGAGAAAACCAGGCUCCCCGUUAACGUGACCGUGCCCAGCCCACCGCCCAGGAACCCGUACGACCUGCACUUCAUCCGCGAGGGGCACCGCUACAAGUUUGUGAACAUCCAGACCAAGACCGUGGUGGUCUGCUGUGUGCUGCGGAACAACAAGAUUCUCCCGAUGCACUUCCCUCUGCACCUGAGCGUCCCGAAGUUUAGCCUCCCAGAACACCUGGUCAAGGGAGAGGGAUGGCCUGAGACCCUGGUCCAUCACUGGCUGGGGAUCUGCCAAGAACAGUUCGACAUCGAUGAGUAUUCACGGGCGGUCCGCGACGUGAAAACCGACUGGAACGAGGACUGUAAGAGCCCCAAGAAGGGCCGGUGCGCCGGCCACAACCACGUGCCCAAUUCCCUUAGCUACGCUCGCGAUGAGCUCACCCAGUCCUUCCACCGGCUCUCCGUCUGUGUGUAUGGCAACAAUCUCCAUGGCAACAGCGAGGUGAACCUCCACGGCUGCAGGGACCUGGGGGGAGAGUGGGCCCCCUUUCCUCACGACAUCCUACCCUAUCAGGACUCGGGGGACAGCGGGAGCGACUACCUUUUCCCAGAAGCUGGUGAAGAAUCUGCAGGCAUGGCAGGGAAGUCGGAACUUCCUUAUGAAGAGCUGUGGCUGGAGGAAGGCAAGCCCAGCCAUCAGCCUCUCACUCGCUCCCUGAGUGAGAAGAGCAGAUGUGACCAGUUCCGAGGUUCUCUCCGGGCCAAGUGUGCAACCUCUCCCCUUCCUGUACCCGGAGCGCUGGGUGCAGCGGUGAAAUCUGCCGAGAUCGCCCUACCUCCGCCUCCAGUGCCUCCCAAAUCUGAAGCCGUCCGGGAAGAGUGCCGGCUCCUGAACGCGCCGCCGGUCCCGCCCCGCAGCGCAAAGCCUCAGUCCACCAGCCCCUCGGUCCCUCCUCGCACAGCCAAGCCGGCGCGGCCGCAGACUCGCUCGCCCAGCCCCACCUUGUCCUACUAUUCUUCAGGGCUGCACGACAUCAGCGUCACUAAAAGUGAGACGAGUCCCUCUGAGAGCGCUCCCGUGUCUUGCUACCCAUGUAACCGAGUGAAGGCGGAGUCCGUGGACCCCAAGUCCCCGUGCGGCAGCCCGACUUCUGAAGCUCUGUCCUCCAGGCUCUCGUGGCCAAACCAUUACUCGGGAGCGUCGGAGACCCACACCAGGAGCGACUUCCUGCUGGAUCCGAGCCGCAGCUACAGUUACCCCCGGCAGAAGACGCCGGGCACGCCCAAGAGAAACUGCCCGGCCGCCUUCGAGCUGGACUGCCGCGAGCUGGCCGCCAGCCCGCCCGGGCCGGGCCCCGCGGAGCCCGCGGGCUGUCCCAAGUCGGCCAGCUACUGCCUGGAGCGCUCGGGCGACAGGAGCCUGGUGGGCGGGCCGGCCAAGCAGAGCAGCUCCUGCCCAGCCUUGCCCCCCAGGGCCCCGAGGCCGCUGGAAGAGAAAGCGGCCCCUGACACCCCGCCUCUGCCCCUGCAAAUCGACGGUGCUGAGGAAGCCCCCAAGUCCGGGUCGCCAGACCUGUCCGAGGACGCCUACUUCGUGCAGAAAGGCGCGCAGGACCUCCUCUCCGCGCCCUACCCCUUCUCGUCGCCAAUCCACCUGCAGCUGGCCCCCCGCUCCUGCGGCGACGGGUCCCCGUGGCAGCCGCCCGCCGACCUGUCAGGACUCUCGGUCGAAGAGGUGUCCAAGUCCCUGAGGUUCAUCGGGCUGUCAGAGGACGUCAUCGUGUUCUUCGUGACCGAGAAGAUCGACGGCAAUCUGCUCGUUCAGCUCACGGAGGAAAUCCUCUCAGAGGAUUUCAAACUGAGCAAACUGCAGGUGAAGAAAAUCCUGCAGUUCAUUAACGGCUGGAGACCCAAAAUAUAG